AAAUAAGAAAUAUGACUUCAGCUCACAGCAUCAUGCAUUAAACUACAUCUACCAACAGGGGGCGACUCCUACGUACACAGGUUUGAACUGGGGUCUUAUUUUUAUUAUUAAUCAUAUUUUUUCUAUAUCAGGUUUAAUAUUUGGGAAGAUUAUCUCAACACGGAACCAGAAUUAAACACGGAUCAGAACCACCAGAACAAUCCGGAAGUUUCCAGGUAUUCAAUAAAAUUAAUCAGUAAUUGUCUGAAUAAUUCAUAAACGUAACACCAAAUAAUAAACUGAUAAAUGGAGGUCAGAAUGUAACAAUGUGACCCAAACAUUCAAUAUCCGGGCUUAAAAUCCAGAACAAACCCGAACCGACUCAGAACCAGAGAGACUAGAUUUAAACUUGUUUCUAAAUCUUCUGCCCCCUGGUGGAGAAAAGUGGCCCAUUCAGAGGAUUCGGGUCUUUAAAAGAGGAGAAACGCAGAUUUAGGUGUUUCUGGAGGAGGUUCCGGGUUUCUGAAUGUUUCCUUCAUCAGGAGGAGAAGAGCAGAAACCAGCAGCAGCUUCAUCUUCCUCCUGGUGGGCGGAUUUCUCCCGCUGCAGACUCUGCGCUCAGUCAGAGCCGGACUGGGAACACUGGGAGUCAUGGCGCAUUCCUGCUUCUAACAGGCUGACCUGCAGAUAAGAUGCUGCUGCUGCUGGUUCUGCUGCUCAGCUGCAGCCCGGGCUUUCGGCUGCAGGAGGAUCCGGAUCCAGACUGGGGAGAUUUUGACCUGGACCUGGAGCCGCGCAGAGUCCCGCGGCAGGUGAAAACCAUUCUGAUAAAGGAGAACAAACCUCACAUCCAGGAAUUGUCCAUCAAGACCAGCGUCAUCUCGCGCUACGCCUUCACGGCGGUGUUCUGCUCCAUGCUGAACCGACACAGCGCUGCAGCUGAAGCCGUCUUCCAGAUCCAGAUCCCCGCUGCGGCCUACGUCUCCAACUUCACCAUGUAAGAACCUGCAGCCUCACCUGGAGCCGAUCCAGAUCAACAGGAAGAGAAAAUCAUUAAAAAACAACCAGGUUGGUCAGGGAUUCCCUCCAACAUGUCAGACUGAAAAACUGACACCAGAAGAUCCCAAAA